AUGGAUUGUUCGAACUCCCAUCCUUUGUAUGCCCAUGAGCCACAACCACAGAACCUCCUUUCCGUUGUAUCGCUGAAUGAGGCUCCAGGUAGCAAUAUAGAUGGCCAACAGCAAAUAAACUGGUCACAAUUCAGGACUUCCCUUGAGCAGCACAAGCUUCAAGUGGACCAGGUUCUUCAAGCCCAUAAUGAAAAGGUGCAGGUUGCACUGCAACAACAAAUAUCUUUACAAAAGGAAACUAUGUUGAACCUCGCAGAAUCUAUGGCGAGGGAUGUGCUGCUGAAAAAGAAUGAAGAGAUUGCCCAUUUACACAUGGAACUACAGAACACUCAUCAGGUUCUGCAAACUGCAUUGCAGGACAGAGAUGAGUGGAUGUACCUCGCUGAGGGGACAUAUGAAAUGAAUCAGUUGCUUAUUUCCCUGGUGCCUCCUAUGCAGGGAACAAAUGCAUAUGCUCUUGCUUCAUCCAAUGAAUUAGGCUCUACAAGUUCUUGUAAUCAAGCAGUGAACAUUGGGGAAGCAGCUUUAGAGAACGCACAUCGUACUCUUAUCUGCAAGGAUCUAGGUAGCAAUAUAGCUGGCCAACAGCAAGUAAACUGGUCACCAUUCAGGACUCCCCUUGAGCAGCACAGGCUUCAAGUAGACCAGGUUCUUCAAGCCCAUGUAAGGACUCCCCUUGAGCAGCACAGGCUUCAAGUAGACCAGGUUCUUCAAGCCCAUGAAACUAUGUCGAACCUCACAGAAUCUAUGGCGAGGGAUGUGCUGAUGGAAAAGAAUGAAGAGAUUGCCCAUUUACACAUGGAACUACAGAACACUCAGCAGGUUCUGCAAACUGCAUUGCAGGACAGAGAUGAGUGGAUGUACCUCGCUGAGGGGACAUACAAAAUGCAUCAGUUGCUUAUUUCCCUGGUGCCUCCUAUGCAGGGGACAAAUGUGUAUGCUCUUGCUUCAUCCAAUGAAUUAGGCUCAAGAAGUUCUUGUAAUCAAGCAAUGAACAUGGAGGAAACAACUAUAGAGAACGCACAUCCAACUCCUAUCUGCAAGCUUUGUUGUGUUAGUGAUGCUUGUAUGCUAAUCCUGCCAUGCCUACACCUAUGUGCAUGUAAGUCUUGUGUAGCAAAUCUAAACAUGUGCCCUUUAUGCGAUUCGGCAAAAGACAACAUGAAUGAGGCUCGAUUUGGCUGA